CGCAAAAACAAUGUCAGCCCAUAAAUCAUCUUCUUCUUCUUCCUCCCCUUUUCUUCUCUGAUUAUUUUUUUUCUUCUUUUUGAUGGAGAACAAGAAUAAACUAAUCAAAAGUAAAUCACAUGUGCAGAAUGGGGAUAAUCCCCGUUCUGGGUCUGCUAAGUACAUUUAUACUGAUCUGAUUGUUUUCACUGAGAAAUUUCAUCAGCAUCACCAUGGCUACUACUGCUGCAACUUCAUCAUCAAUUAUCUUCAAUCCAGAUAAAAAAACACCAUCUCAAUCAAAAUGUUCAAAACCCAUAAGUUUAAUUAGCUUCUCAUCUUCUAAUUUCUUCAAGAAGAAUAAAAAUCUAAAUUUCCAGAGAAUCCCAAUCCCUUUGAGCCCAUCAAGAUUGGAGCUCAGGAAACAAUUAAAGGUGGGUGCUAAAAGAGAGAGUUUAUCAUCAGAUAAGGAGAUCCAAUCUUUAGUUUCUGAUGGAGGAGCUGCUGUAGUUCAUCAAGAUGAAGUAAUUUCAAAGAAUUGUGAGAUUCUACCGUUCUUAUUUCCAGCUCUUGGUGGUUUACUUUUUGGGUAUGAUAUUGGUGCCACUUCAGGAGCUGCUAUCUCUUUGCAGUCACCAAAGCUUAGUGGGACAACAUGGUUCAAUCUAUCUUCCACACAACUUGAUCUUGUGGUAAGGGGUCCUUUCUAUGCAGCUCUUAUCAGUUCCGUCCUCGUCUACCCCAUUGCAGAUUUUAUAGGAAGGAGACGUGAACUUAUUAUAGCAGCUGUGCUAUAUAUGCUUGGUGGGUUAACCACUGGCUUGGCACCAAGCCUUAAUGUUCUCUUAUUAGGGAGGCUACUCUAUGGUCUUGGAAUAGGUUUGGCCAUGCAUGGAGCUCCGCUGUAUAUUGCUGAGACUUGCCCCUCUCAGAGAUGUGGAACUCUUAUGCUUAUGAAGGAACUCAUGAUAGUUCUUGGGAUACUGAUGGGUAUUGCUGGAGUCUUUGUAUUUGAUUGCGUUGGAGGGUGGCGUUAUAUGUUUGGGUUCAGUGCUCCUGUAGCACUGUUAAUGGGAUUAGGUAUGUGGAGUUUGCCAGCAUCUCCACGCUGGUUGCUUCUCAGAGCAGUUCAGGGUAAAGCAUCUUUACAGGAGUACAAGGAGAGAGCCAUCGCAGGACUAAGCAGAUUGAGAGGUCGUCCUGCUGGUGAUGAAGUAUCUGAGAAACAAGUAGAAGAAACUUUGGUCUCGUUGAAAGAGGCCUAUGCCAGUCAAGAGUUCGAAGGCAGUUUCUGGGAGGUGGUUCAAGGGCUGAGUUUAAAGUCAUUGACAAUUGGCGGAGGCGUAGCCCUUUUUCUGCAGGUAACAGAGCACCCAGGUGUUUUGCACUACGCAGGUUCCGUUCUUAAGACUUCUGGAUUUGCUGCUGCAUCAGUUGCUGCUGGAGUUUUAGCUGUAAUUGGUCUGUUUAAGGCUCUAAUGACAGGGGUAGUCGUCCUAAAAGUUGACAAUCUUUUUAUGGUUUCACUGUUGUUUCUUUCGACUUUUAUCAAAAUUGACAGGGGAUAUCCUGCUGUAGCCGUAGGUGCUCUGCUUCUUUACGUUGGCUGCUACCAGAUAUCUUUUGUACCAAUUAGUUGGCUAAUGAUUUCCGAGAUCUUCCACAUUCGUACAAGAGAGCGUGGGAUUAGUCUUGCUGCUCUAAAAAAUUUUGGUGCAAAUGCUCUUUUUAUUUUUGUUCCUUCCUCAUUCAAGAAUCAACUCAUGACGGGGAUGUUGAACUACCUACUGUUUGCCAUAAUUUCUUUAGUAUUUAUUCUAUCAGUAGUCUUCAUCGUUCCAGAGACAAAAGGUUGAGUUUGGAGGAGAUAGAAUCGGAGAUAUCAAAGUGAAAGAUUAAAAGCCUUACUGAGCAAAGCACAGAUUUUACCCGCAGUUGCUUUCUGUCAACUCAUUUGUAGAUAGAAAUUCACGCUCGGCCAUUUGGCCAGACGUGCAUAGUUCAUUUGUAUGUAAACUAAAUUCUUACUGUUGAAUUUGUUGUUAUUCUCUAUUUAUAAAUAAAAAUAGUGUUUACAUUUCGUUGUAAUUCUCAA